AUGUUAGGAAACAAGCUUAGCAUCACAGACGUGAAGGACAUUAAGGGCAAGAAGGUUCUGGUGCGCGUAGAUUUCAACGUACCAAUUGAAAAUGGAAUUAUUAAGGACACGAACAGAAUCACAGCGACCCUGCCCACUAUUCACCAUCUGAAGAAGGAAGGAGCGUCGAAAAUUAUAUUAAUUUCUCAUUGUGGAAGGCCAGACGGAACAAAGAAUGUAAAAUACACCUUAAAGCCCGUUGCAGAAACAUUAACCAAAUUACUUGAAGAAGAAGUGCUUUUCCUAAAUGACUGUGUAGGAGAAGAAGUAGAGAAACAGAUAAACGAAGCCAAGGAUAAUUCUGUCAUUCUUCUUGAAAAUUUAAGAUUCCAUGUAGAAGAAGAAGGAAAAGGAGUAGAUGGAGCUGGAAAUAAAAUAAAGGCUAAUAAAGAAGAUGUAGAAAAGUUUCAAAGUCAAUUAACCAAAUUAGGAGAUAUUUUUAUUAAUGAUGCUUUUGGAACAGCACAUCGAGCACACAGUAGCAUGGUUGGUAUUAAAUUGAAUGUGAAAGCUUCUGGAUUUUUGAUGAAAAAAGAAUUAGAAUAUUUUAGUAAAGCUUUGGAAAAUCCACAGAGACCUUUGCUAGCGAUUUUAGGUGGAGCAAAAGUAUCAGAUAAAAUUCAAUUAAUAAAAAAUCUUCUGGACAAAGUAGACAGAAUGAUAAUUGGUGGUGGAAUGGCCUACACUUUUAAAUACGUGUUGAAUAAUAUGAAAAUAGGAGAUUCACUUUUUGAUGAAGCAGGUAGCAAAAUUGUGAAUGAAAUUAUGGAAAAGGCAAAAGAAAAGAAUGUACAAAUUUACCUCCCUGUAGAUUUUAAAGUAGCUGAUAAAUUUGAUAAUAACGCCAACACGAAAAUUGUAACGGAUAAAGAAGGUAUUGAAGAUAACUGGAUGGGACUUGAUGCUGGACCAAACAGUAUCGAAAAUUAUAAGGAUGUCAUUUUAACCUCCAAAACAAUUAUUUGGAAUGGACCCCAGGGGGUAUUUGAGAUGCCCAAUUUUGCCAAUGGUAGUAUUGAAUGUUUGAAAUUGGUUAUUGAAGCUACCAAGAAAGGAGCCAUAACUAUCGUCGGUGGAGGAGAUACAGCUUCUCUAGUGGAACAACAACAGAAGAAGAAUGAAAUUAGCCAUGUAUCCACAGGUGGCGGGGCCUCCCUUGAAUUACUAGAAGGGAAGGAACUCCCAGGUGUGUUGGCCCUCUCAAACAAAUAA